GGUGCUUUCCAAGUUAGAGGAGAACAGAGGGAGAUAGAUAGGAACAGUACUUUGUGGUAAUCGGAAUUGCUCGGGUGUGACAGAAGAGGAAGUCAAGAUAAAACCUGGAGGCAGUUAAGGGUGAGCAAAUCAGCUGAAGUGGAGUCCUGGGUGGACUCGGUGGUGGUGGUGGGGGGUGUGAAACUGGCAGUGACUCGCUAUGAACGCCAGCGUUAACGUCGAGAGGAAUUCCUGGCGGUUACCUCCUGAUGAGACCGUCCAGGUGGCUGAUCCUCGAUCAAAAGACGAAGUUAAAGAUGAUCUCUAUGGUGACGGUGGUCACAACUGGAGAAGUAUUAUAUUUUCACUUCUCGUAAUUGGAUUUGUCAUUGCUGGCAUAGUUACCGCAAUAUAUCUUCUCGGGUAUGUCGACGAACUUUUGUACUGGAGCGGUAGACGCCUCACACUUGAAGAGUGCCUUCGAGAUGACCUUUCACCACAGCGGUUGCCACCCGCCUGGGUAUCUCAUGACAAAUUCGUUUAUCAAGCGGACGAUGGUUCAUUAGCCCUCCUUGAUACACUCAACAACUCCGUAGCAUUAUUAGUAUCAAAUCAUACCCUUAGACAGUUGAACGUUCAAGGUUAUCAGUGCAGCACUAAUCUUCGUUACGUACUCUUCAAACACGAUGUCAAGCCGGUAUUUCGAAACACUUUCACCGCUCUUUAUACAGUCUACGAUGUUACCAAUGAUCAUCACACACCCCUUCGUCUUCACGCACCUCCGCGAGUACAACAGACACGAUUGCAGUAUGUCGCAUGGUUGGGCAAUACAACAGCAUUAUUGAUGAUAUCUGAUAACAAUAUAUUCUUAAGAAUGUCGCCAACAGCGCCAGUAGACAAGAGACUGACUGACACUGGAGUGCCUGGAAUUAUUUACAACGGUGUACCAGACUGGUUAUAUCAGGAGGAAGUACUACCAAAAGCUGAGGCAUUGUGGCCGAGUCCCGAUGGACAGCGUCUUUUAUAUGCGACAUUUAACGAUACCAAAGUAACGACUUUACAAUUUCCUUGGUUUGGUAAUCCAACGGGGUCGGACGCCGUCAGUUCGAAUCCAUCUGGCAUACCACAUAGAAUCACCUUUCCACCAUCCAAGUCAGUGCGUUAUCCCACUCCAGGCUCAUCGAAUCCCGAGGUCACUUUGUGGCUAGUGGAUCUCAAUAAUUCUACCGACAACACUAAUGAAUCCUUGACAUCGGAAUUUUUUCAUUCCCCUGUUAAACCACCGCCUGUAUUUGACGGCCAGGAUUUUUAUUUAAUUUCCGCUGGCUGGAUGGACGAUGAUGGGACGCAAAUUGGGGUUGUGUGGAUGACAAGAUCGCAGAAUCUCACUGUUGUAUCUGCCUGUCGUAUGCCAAAAUGGCAGUGUGAGGAGAUUCACUCAGAGCGUGCACCUGAGGGCCAAUGGCUCGAUGCUCAGCCGCAUCCCCUAUUCUCACCUGACGGUGACAGUUUUCUCCUGCUAGCUGGUGUGCAGGAGGGCGGACAGGAGCACUUUACUCAUAUCAAACACGUUACACUCACUCAGCAACGCAUUGCUGUACUGUCGCACGGUCGAUACGAGGUCAGUGAAAUACUCGCAUGGGACACCAGAGCACACUUGGUUUAUUACCUUGGAACGAGGGAACGUAAUCCAGGACAGAAGCAUUUGUACGUCGUGCGGGAUCCAACGACGGACGACCCCCGACGAUUGGAGCCACUCUGUAUCACUUGUGAUUUGGGGGAUGUUCUCUGGAGUAGUAGAUUCUACUACACGAAUUGUACGAGUUUUGGUGCCUCUGUGAGUGUCUCGAGCGAGGCAAGACAGGGAUAUUAUGUACUGCAUUGUGAGGGGCCUGGACUUCCACUCGCUGGAGUGCACUCGGUGACAACUCACAAAAUGGUACGGGUGCUUUACGACACGAGAGUUCAACGCGCCGAAAGACUGUCACAGCUCGCCUUACCGAAGAGGAAAAGUUUUGAAGUACCACUGCCACAGGGGUGGCGUGCCCAAGUGCAACUGCAAUUACCACCCUCGUGGCGUGAAGAACUCAGGGAUGCUGCUUUUCCAGUUUUAGUUGAAGUUAAUGGCCGGCCAGGUAGUGAGGCAGUUAGUGACAAAUUUUGUAUUGACUGGGGUACAUACAUGUCGAGUCACAAUGACGUUGUUUACGUUAGGCUCGAUGUGAGGGGUGCACGGGGACAGGGUAAACGUGCGCUAUUUCACAGAAUUGGGGGCGUUGAAGUACAGGAUCAAUUGACUGUUCUCAGAUAUUUACUUGAUGAAUUCAAGUAUCUCGACGAGACUAGGGUGGGAGUGUGGGGCUGGGGGUAUGGAGGGUAUGUCACUGCCAUGCUACUCGGCAGCCAGCAGAAUAUAUUCAAGUGUGGAAUUUCGGUGAAUCCAAUCGCGGAUUGGUUGUACUACAAUUCGGCCUUUACGGAACGAAUUUUAGGAGCACCAGUAGAAAAUUACAAGGGCUACGUGGAGGCAGAUUUGACACAGCGUGCACGAUUGGUACCAAGCCACAGUCUCUACCUUAUUCAUGGCCUAGCUGAUAUGACAGCGCCUUAUACCCAUGGUAUUGCUAUCUCGAAAGCUCUAUCUGAUGCUGGUAUUAUCUUCAGGUAUCAGAGUUAUGCGGAUGAAGAUCACGCCUUGACAGGCGUGAUUGAGCACGCUUAUCGUUCCAUGGAGGACUUCUUUACUGAGUGCCUCACUCUGGAUGCCUCCUAGUGCCUCAAGACGAUUUCUUCUUCGUCAAACGUACCGAGUCUUCUGCUAGUAAUUGAUACACUUCGAAUUAUUCAUUCGGAGAUUCGGAUUUUUUUUAUCCAAUUUAAUUUCUCCGUUUGUGACAAAAUUGUUCACUUAUUUUAGUGAAAAAUAUAAUAAUUGGCUUAUCCUCAUCCAAGUUAUUAAAAUAAUAGUAAUAAUAAUAAUAAUAAUAAUAACAAUACUGAUAAUAAUAAUAAUGCAUAAAUAUGAUCAUUAUAAAUAGGAGUUUCACAGUACUCAAAAUAUUAUGCCCGUAAUUCUCAAAAUAUCGGGCCAUACGUGAAAUAUGCACUGAGAGAAAAAUAUUAUUCAUUCGUUAAAAAAAUUGCCCUGAAUUUUCAUAUUCGUACUUUUCGUUUAAUUAGAUAAAGAAAUUACUCAGUGUGACGAAGGUUCUAGAGCUAAAUUUCUCCUCUACAAAUCACCUUCUAAAAUUUUUCCCUCAAAAUUUCAACUUAGCUGACCAUCACACCAAAUUAAAAUUCGUCCUAAUCAAUUGACUUGUUAAAUCAUACUUAUUCAGUCCUUCAGUUAAUGAAACUUGAAAAAAAUACAUGUUGAUUGUGAUUAUUAUAGAUUUUGGCUUACAUAUGUGUGUAAGCAGAAUUUUUAAGUGGAUGUUUUUUAAAAAUUGAAAAAAAUAUAUAUCUAUAUUCAGUUAUUUGAUUUAUUUUUUUUUUACAUAUUUUUUUGUUUAAAUAAAGUUUUGAAACGAAAUGGUGGGAGAAAUUUAUGAAAAAGAAAUUUAACCCUGUUACCACUAUGAUUGCUCAAUCGACUGAUUUUCUUAUUAUAAUUACACGAAAGUGAAAAAUCAAGGGAGUUAAGAGCAAGAUAAUUAAUAAGUUUUCCACGAUGGUAGAUGAUGAAAAGUAAAGAAUCUAGAAAUGUUGAAAAAGAAAUAUUCAGAGUAUUAAAGUAUGGAAAAAAUGAUAAAAAUCAUUGAAAAAAUCUCUCGUGUUAUCGGCAAUAUCUUUAUAAAGUACAUAAAGUGGAUUAUUACAGUACAUUAUUAGCAUAAAAUAAGAUGUUAAUGAAUUGAUUGGCCUAUUUCGUGGAAGCGUGAAGGUAAUUGACAUGAAUGUGUUUAAAGGCGUGCGUAGGUAUGACAAAAGUAGUAAUAAAAAUUACGUCACGAUGAUUAAGGACACAUGUACAUGAUUGCUUGGAAAUAUUCUCAAGUAUGAUCGAUAUCCCGAAAACUCGCUCUAAUCGUUAAUAAACAGGGGUAGAGAUAAUUAAUGAAUUUAUACGAUUGUAAAAUAAUCGAAGGUCAUUCUGUCAUAAAACUUUUAAUCCAAUCCCGUCCCCAGCGUUUGAAUAAAAAAAAAUAUAAACAUCAAAAAACAGUAAUUAUUGAUGUUGCACAGCUUGUGGCGCUUAGGUGUUUGUAAAAAUUCAUUAGUAGAAUCAUGAGUAGAAGAAUAUGGAUGACUUAGGAAAAUUAAUUGACAGUUGCUGCAACCGAGAAGCAAUUAGACGAAUUUAAUCCGUUUAUUUUAUUACUUAUUGUUGAUUUCUUCAACGCAGAAUUAAAAUUGUAAAUAAAUAAUUAAAAUAUUGUCGUCGAGAAGUUACUUCGUUGAAAUAAAUCAGCGAGUCAAAAUAAUUAUACAUAAAUGAUGAAAACGAGCUUCGAGGCUGAUAAUUACGUAACUCCACAUUUUUUAAAUGUUCAACGUGAUGUGCGAGUCGAAAAUUCCAGCAGCUCGCGCAUUCAUAAUGAUAAAUAAGAAGCAAAUAAAAAAAGGACGAAUAAAUGGCUGUUUUUUAAAAGUGGCCGUUACUAGAUAAUAUUUUUGUAAAUUUGGGACUCCUCGAUUAUUAUUACGGGACAAAAAACUUAAAAUUUCAUGUUAUUAAUAACAUGCAAUGUUGAUCUCUUUUUACACAACUAAAUCCAGUAUUGAGUGAAGUGAAACACGAUGAUAGCAGGUAACUAUUUCAUUGUUGAAUAUUUUUAAUUCGCCGAUUUGAAUUUGCACUUGUUCUUCAUUAUUCAAAAAUGAAAAGAAUACUUGACGAAUUAUUGAUGAUGAUCAUUGAUAUUUGCAUUUAAGAGUUAUCCUAUUUAGUGUAAAACGAAAAGGAAAACAGUUGUUAAAUGAUAUAAUGAAAUUUCCUCUGCUACCCCAUGAAUGUACUCCAAAUGAAUACAAAAACAAAAUCAUUUAAAAAAACAAUUCCCUAUUUAUUCAAAAACUCUGUACUAUUCCUACGUUUGAAAAUUGGGAUGGAGACUGAAAAUUUUAGAAUGAUUUUGAUUCUAUUUGUUUGGAGUACAGUGAGGAAGCAGCAGAGGGAAGUUCGCUCAAGACGACACCAUCGCAAUGGUAUAUGUAUAUUGAUAAUUUAUUCGAGGUAAAAUUUAGUCAAUAUGUUGUCAGUCUGUUACUGGUAACUUGUCAGAGAAGAAGAAAAUAAUUAUUGCGCAGAAAUAUUUUACAGUUAGGCCAGUGAAGAGUUUAAUUAAUCCGACGACAAAUCACGUAGAUAGGGGUCAAUAAUAAUUAUGCUUCAGUCAAUUGUGAUUUUUUAAAAAUAAUAAGUCACGUACUGUGAAUUAUUGUUAAUUAUCAUUUUUUUUCCUUUUAUUAUUUAUUCUGUCGAUAUCAUUAGUCAAAUAUAAUGAUAUUAUUUUCAGGAAUAUCCAGUUCUAGCACGAGCUGCGGAAGAAGUUGUCACACAAUUUGUAAAUAUAAAUAAAGAGUUAUAAGACCCUCGUUUAAUUGAAAGUAAGAAAUAAAUUAGGGGGGAAGUGGAAGAGAUAAAUGGCGUAAAUCAAAAUGUUGUGAAUUGUGAGUGAAUGAUUACUGUUAAUAAGUAGUAAUGGUAAAUGCGGCCAAUUAGAAUACAAUUGCAUUCUUCACUGGAGAUGUUUUCAUUGAAUUAUUUAAAUUGACAUGAUGGAAACGUGUGGCUGUCAUUUAAUCCUGUGGUUAUCAUUUAAUCACCUAUUUAAAUUCUCAGGUAAUAGUCAUCUACUGAUGAUUAAAUUACCCAUUCGAAUAAAUUAAUUGUCAUUUCGUGGCGUCUCUCAUAAUUUUUUUUCACGCCAAUUAACUGUAAUUAAUAAUUGUUAUUCAAGUUUUACUCACACAGCAGUCAUAUUGUCUCACUACUUCGAAUGGUAUUGUUAAGCUUCUCAGAUAAUCUCAUAGAUAAUUAAUUUUCCCCUCCAGGCUAAUAAAACGAAAAUCUUGCAAAGAAAUUCUUGAUAAAAUCUUGGGAACGGGGUAAAUCAUACCUCUCCUCCAUCUGCGCUAUAUUCUGCCCAAUCACACUAUGUUUCUAUCGUAAUUUAAGACUAAGUGCUUCUUCAUACCAGAGUCAAUUGCAUAGCUUUAAUAACAACAUCAAAAAAAUUUUUUAAAUUAAAAAUAUUGACAAACAAAUGCAACAUAAAGACACGAUAAUGUUACACACUCGAUAGUAAUCGCAUAAAAUUAAUAAAAUUGCUAAUAAGAUCCUUUCGAAUAUAAUGAGAAAACAAAUGUCAAAAAAACGUUUGAUGGGGUAAUUUUACAUAUUUUAUUGUAAUCGUGCGAUAAAUAAUUACAUGAUAAUUAUUUCAUUAGGUCCUUGAUUUAUCGAAUGAAAUGAUUGCCGUGUAAUCAUUGAAAAAGAAAAGAUAAAACUAAAACGUACAAUCAAUUACUGAAUUUUAUAACUUUGAAAUAAAUUUUUUGUAUUUCGAAUAAUAGUUGUAAUUUUAUGAUAAAAAUGUUAAAUUAUGGCCAUUGAACAAUUAAAACAUGUGGAAAAUCAUAAUUCACCUAAUUUGCAGAAAUGUUUGUUUUUUUCUCAAUAAAUAUUCACAGGCUUCCACUUUUUCACACAUUAACACAAGAGCUUUUUCAUGUUUUCUAUACUUGAAUUGAAAUAAACUAUGGCUUUUCAAAUAAUUAAUUCUAUAGUAUCCUAUCAACUAAGUAACAAAUAGAGCUUAAUGAGGCUUCUGUAGAAAUUGUUGAAUAAUUGAUCUUAAAUUUUAAUUAAAACAAUCUUUAUCGAGUGAAAGGAGUGGAAUCAGGCGAACGGAAGUAUUGUAAGUGAUUAAAAAAUGUGAAAAAUUAAUAUCCAAUAAAUGACAAAUCCAUAUUGUUAACUAAGCAUUAAGGCUGUUAAAGGGUCGGUUUAAAUACGUUCAACAAUCGUAGUUAAGGGUUAAUGUAUUCUCAAAUAGUAUAUAUAUAUAUAUAUAUAUAUAAUAUUUAUUUAUUAUUAUAUUAUAUAUAUAUACGCCAGGUACACGCCAGGUAGAUCGAUUCUUGCGAAGAAAUUCCAUUAGAAUGUAUAAUAUAUCAUAACAUAGAAAAAAAUUAUUGUUGGUUUUUUUUUUCAUUGUAACGAUUAGUGAAACAAUGACAUACUCUUUAGGUUCUUUACUUCAUCAAUUUAAUAGCCCACUUGGUUUUUAUUUAUGCACUCUAAUGAGUAAAACCACAGAAUGGUGGGAAUUGUUACGUUCCAUAAAUUGAUAAAAUCCAGAUGUACAUGACGUAAUUCAGGUAAAUUCAACGUUACCAAGGCCUCAGCAUUGUCCAUCACAUCACCAAUUUUUCUCUGCGCGUACAGAUUAGAUAAAAUAAAUUUUUAAUUUUCUCCCCAAUUUUUUAAACAGAUCUUUCAAGUAGGCAGGGUUUUUAAAGAGAUUCCAUUUACAAAUCCUUCCUAAACUUUCUUUUAAAAAAGUAUUCUGUUUAAAGGGUAAAGAAAAAUGAACGGAAACAAUUUAACGAAAUCAUUUUUUUUUAUGUACUACCACAGAAAAAAUUGACAAUAUUAUCGAUGAUUGGAGAUUUGAAUGACAUUGAGUUUAUGUAGAAUUCUCCAAAUACCUUUUUCUCAUUAACGAUUGAUAAAUGCGUGUGUGUUUCGGAGUGUGAAUGGAAAAUUGAUUGCAUUAAAAGUAAAAAAAUCUCUAGUAAAUCCACUUCUUACUCCGCUAAAAGCAGCACGAUAUUUCUCAAACAAGUGAGCCUCAUCUUUGUCAAUAAUAAAAUGAUAACAAUGUUAAAUGUACGCGGGUAAAUGAAUAAAUUGGAGAUAUGUUUAAUUAAGAGAGUGAAACUGUAUGUUUUAUCAAGCGAUCAAACUUCUCAAUGGCCUCAGGAUAUUUACGUUGUAUACAAUGUCAAGAGUAGUGCUUGAGAAUUUAUGAAAAAAAUAAAAAUCAGGAGGUUAAAAUUCUUAUAGUUAUGUAUUAGGGAAAAUUGGCCGUAUUAUCAGCGAAAAGAAAGAUGGAAAUUAGACGUUUGAUAGAUUGAGUUUAGAAAUCGCCUGGAUGGAAAGAGGCGCGAAACGAUAACGUUAUCAACUCCUUAUUUCAGUUGUUCCAGUAUUAUCAAAUUUAUGUAUGUCUAAACGGAUGGUGCCUCAAGGCAAGUCGACACGUGACAAUAAAGUACCGAAGUACAGAUGAUAAACUCUAAGAGAUACCAUGAAACUCCACCCAAAUACUUAAUUUAAUCUUUUGUAAUGAAUAAUUCACGAAUAAUUGACGGUUUUUAGUAGUCCAAUUGAUUUUAUUUCAUCAUCACGUUCAUUGACAAUCGCACAGCGAAAAAUCAAAAUCGAUAGGUAUAUUAAUAUCUCCAAAGCUGGUAAGCGAAGCAUAAAAACAAUGAUAUAAUUCAAAAAAACGUAAUUUAAAUUGACUAAUUGUAACGAUCGAUGUACUUAGUGUAAGUUUUUCUGAAUAAAAAAAAGGGGUUGUCCUUUGUUGUUGUUGGAA